AUGUUUAUUUUCACGUUUCACACUGUAAUUAAUAAACCCAUUUGUUCUAUCACUUUUGGCAAUUUAAAUAAACAACAGGCGCUAAUAUGUGACGCUAAGGCGGAUACACAUGAUGUUGCCUUUACAUGGAAAGCUAAUUCUUCCAGUGGGUCACUACAAACUUUACAAGCUAUCACUACGAAAUCACACAGCUUUUACACUUUCAACGAUACUAGACCUCCAUCUCCUGCCAAAAUCAAACAUUUCCCUUCACAAGUGCUCAAAAAAUCCAACGCGACAUUGGAGUGUUCAGUGGACGAUCCAGGUUUUCCCAAAAAUUUGACGUUUCUUUGGUUCCGUAACAAAAAUAGUGUGCAUAAUAGUUCACGAUCCACGUGGAAUAUUUCCUCCGUUUCGUUAAAUGAUCGUAAUAGCACUUUCUCGUGCCUUGUUAAGAAUGAAGCCGGUUUAAGCACACAGUCGAACGAAAUUAACUUAAAUAUUGUAGCACCACCACGCUUCAUACAAACUCCACCUCGUUCUUUAUCUGUUUAUUACGACAACAAAAAUUUAACUCUAACUUGUAGAAUCGAAUGUUUUCCUCUGUGUUCAAUCAUUUGGUUAAAAAACGAUCGAUAUUUGGAUACAAACAAGAGCAAACUGUACUACGUGGAAACAGGUACUUUUGGUGCCAACUAUGAAGAAAAUUUGUUUGAAUCAGUGCAGUCAAUUUUGGUCUGGAACAUAACAGCCUUGCCUGGUAAAGUUCUCAAUCGAAGCGAACCUAUAUCAAAGUACACCUGUGUCAGUUCUGAUAGUGCUAACAUAAAAUCAAGACCUAGUUUCAGUGCUGUGGUUAUAGUAGAAUCUGCUCCGCAAAAUUUGACAGUGUCAAAGAACUUUGUUGACGUCGAACAAUACGAAAUUCCAAGUCCAGUUGAGUGCAAGGCUAUCGGAUAUCCUUUGAACUAUGUCUGGACGCGAAAAUCUUCUGGUGAAGUCGUGUCAAAAAGCCAGAUUCUCCAGCUUGAAGUGUUGUCAAAAUUCGACGGAGGCAAUUAUACUUGUGUCGUUUCUAAUAAGUAUGGAUCUGACUCUGUUGAUGUCUAUUUUAACGUUUAUUAA